AUGUGCGUCACCGAGUCGCAGAUAUCGCAGAUACGCGACGGGAUCCGGGCGAGGCGCGCGUCGAGCGUGGGAUCCUCCACGGAUUCGCUCCUCCGCGAGUGCCCAAGGCCCGAGGAGAGUUCGCCCUACUCGAGCGCCUUCGCCGUCAACCUCGGGUCCGUCGAGCUCGCGCGAAUCCUCCCCCUGCGCGUACCCGAUGGCGCCGCGACCCCGCCCGCGCCGACGCGCGUCUCGUACGACAGCGCCUCCCCGGUCACGCCGAAGGACUCGGCCGUGGAGGCCCCGAAGGACGGUGGGGCGGUACGGCGGCUUGCUCCGGAGGCGGGUGUCGGCGGCAGCGGCGUGAACGCGGCGCUCGAGGAAUAUCGGGACGACAAACGCGCGGCGAACGUCGCCGAGCGCGUCGAGAGAGGACCCUUGCGCGUGGAUAUCGCGCGGGACGUCGUCGACGGUCGCGUGUCGGCGUUGUUCGCCCUCGCCGCCGCCGUCAAACAGCCCGGCUGA